AUGGAUGAAAAACAAUUAAGGCAACAGGAGAUGCUGCUACAAAAUGGACUGAACCCAAACUUUGAUGGAAAUGAUAGUAAUUUCACUGAUUCACCAAGAAAUAUUGCAGACAACCUUUAUAAGCAAAGGAAUAGAAAGUUUAAAAAAUUACAUAUCUUAUAUGUUUUCUUUAUAUUUUCAAUAGCUAUAUUACAAUUCAUCUCAAUUGCAUUCUUUUCUCGUGGAUUUUUACUAACAAGAAAUGUAUUGGACAAUAUAUCCACGGACAAUAACCCAAACAGUAUUCUUAAUGAUAAACCACAAUUCGAUAAAACAGUGAUAUUGAUCGUGGAUGCUCUAAGGUUCAAUUUUGUUAUACCUGUUGAUGUUGAUUCUAUGGACUACAAUCCAAACUACCAUAACAAUAUUGAUGUCUUAUACGACACUUUUAAAAAUUCUCAAGAUUCUUCUUCCGUACUAUUAAAAUUCAUUGCUGAUCCACCGACUACCACUAUGCAAAGAUUGAAAGGCUUAACUACUGGUACAUUACCAACUUUCAUUGAUGCAGGAUCCAAUUUCGAUGGGUCUGUCAUUCUGGAGGAUAAUUUAAUUAAACAACUAUAUUUAAACAAAUUCUGGAAUGAUAUUUAUUUUGUUGGUGAUGAUACGUGGGAUGCAUUGUUUAAACCUUAUUUGAAUCAACAGUUUUCCAGGCCAUUUGAUUCUCUAAACGUUUGGGAUUUAGAUACAGUAGACAAUGGUGUCAUUUCAUAUUUCCAUGAAUAUUUAAUUGAUCAAUCUUCCAAAGAUCAAAUGACAUAUAAAACUUUGAUUGGCCAUAUGCUGGGUGUUGAUCAUGUAGGUCAUAAAUAUGGUCCAAACCAUUUCACUAUGAAAGAAAAACAGCUACAAAUUAAUCAAUUUUUAAAAGAAAUUAUUAAUUCAAUAGAUGAUAAUACUUUAUUAGUUGUAAUGGGUGAUCAUGGUAUGGAUCAUACUGGUAAUCAUGGUGGUGAUUCUGUAGAUGAAUUAGAGAGUACUCUUUUCAUGUAUGCUAAGAAAAAAAAUAGUUUCACACUGGAUAAAGAUUAUGAAACUUCGUAUAAUAUUUCCAAUUUUGGUGAAAGUUAUAAACAAGUUAAUCAAAUUGAUUUAGUACCCACCUUAUCAUUAUUAUUAGAUCUCCAAAUCCCUUUUAAUAGUUUAGGUUGGCCAAUCGAUGAAAUUGCACAAAAUUCCCAACAGUUGGAAAUGUUCCAAAAUAUAACAGUUCAACAAUUACAUACUUUCAAAGAAACAAGUAAUUUAUUGACUUCAGAUGAUGAAAGAAAUUUGCUAUUAGAUGAAUUAUUCGAAAAAAAUUUAUACCAUGAUUACCAAAUCCAAUUAUUAGAGGUCUGUAAAGAUCUAUGGGCAAGAUUCGAUUAUAUUAGUAUUGCUAUUGGGAUCACCUUCUUAUUUAUCUCUUUAGUAUACUUAAUCAUUUUAACUCAAUUGAUUCCAUCAAUCGUUAUCAAUAAAUUGGUCACAGAAUUUGUCCCAUUAAUUAUUUGUUUGAUUUUCAUUUUGAACUUGAUAUUUUUUGGUACCUUCUAUGUUUUCCCAACUUCUGCUUCACAGCAUCACCCAUUACGUUUCUUAAAUGGUCACUUCAUUUGGACGUCUUUAUUCUCAACUGCUAUUGGUAUCAUCCUUGGUAUCAUGAUUCCUCUAUUAGAUCAUUAUUCCAUCAAAUGGUUGAUUUGCAGAUUUUUUGAAUUCUUUGGUGACUAUUGGACAAGAGUGGCUGGUAUUUUCGUAAUAUUACAUUCCUUAUUGUUUGCAUCAAAUAGUUUCACUAUUUGGGAAGAUAAAAUAGUUGGCUUUUUUUUAACUUCAUUCGGUUGUUUAACCUUAUAUGAAUUUGUCUUUGUUCCAAAGAGGCAAUCAACAGUAGCUUUGUUAAGCGGUCUUUAUGUGGAAAACAAAAAGAAGGUCAUCACUAAUACUGAUGAACUGGAUGAUGUUGCUGCUGAAUUGAAUAAAAAAAUGGAAGAUCCAUAUCCAGACUCUCUACCAUUAAGCAAAGAAUCUCGUAUCUUGGGUUCAUAUCAUUCCAUAUUAUUAAUUAUUUUGACAAGACUUGUUUCUACGAUUACAAUCUGUAGAGAAGAACAAGGGGAUUUCUGCAAACCCACUUUCACAAUUGAUAAUAAUUAUUCCCCAUAUAUCAUGGGUUUAUUAUUUAUUAUGAUAUUUUUGAUACCAUCUUUAGUUAAAGGAUAUUUUAGAUUAUCAAGUUCAUAUCAAGGUGCAGCACCAUUUUGGAUUAAUGGAUUUUUGAGAUGUUUCCUAUUGAUGAAUUUUAUUUAUUGGUUUAUAACCAGUUUAGAAAUUACUGUUCCUUCAUGGUCAGUGAAUUUAUUUAAAGGAAUGGAUAUUAAAACCAUGAACUUCACAUUGUCAAGAACAUUAGCAGGGUUUUCACUCGUAGCAGCAAACAUUGGUUGGCUUAUGGGUCCAUUAUGUAUUGAAUUAGGUCUGUCAAAUAAUUCAGAAAACGUCAAUGUUAAGCAAGCAAGUGUUUUAGGCUAUAAAAAUAUUUAUGGUUCUCAAUUUUUCUUGCUAGUGAUUAAUGUUUUUAUGAGUAUUGUUGUUUUUAAUAAACCUUUGGCUCAAUUAUCAAUUUUCGCAAUGUUAUUGCAAUUAUUAACAAUUUUGGAAAUUAUCGACCUAUUUAGACUAAAACAAAAUAUCAUUGGACCAGUAGCCUUAGGUUUAUUGUGUUAUCAACAAUAUUUCACUACAGGUCAUCAAGCUACAAUUCCAUCGAUCCAAUGGGAUAUGGGUUUUAUCUUAUCACCAUCUAUCACAUUCCCAUUAACCCAUAUUGGACUAUUUUUGAACACUUUUGGUCCACACAUCAUUGUAUCAUUAUCUGUUGCACUAUUGACAUUCUGGAGACAGCCACCUUCAAUUUUGAACCCCCAAACUCUGCUCGCAAGAAUUGUCUCAAGCUGUGGAGGUUUAGCCAUUUAUAAUACCGUUCUAUGUCUAAGUUCAUUUAUUUUUGUCACCCAUUUCCGUCGUCAUUUAAUGGUUUGGAAAAUUUUUUGCCCAAGAUACCUAUUUGCCUCUGCAAGUUUAUUAAUCACCCAAUUCAUAGUGGUUUUCGUUACUAUAGCUUUUGCGAGUGGAAGAUUAAUUAGACAAAUCAAUGAAUUAUUCUGGAGACAAUAA